AAAAUGGAAGUUCGGAGCUCCGGACGGAAAUCUGUGACUAGGCCCCGGGUUUGCAGGAACUGUGGACAGCAUCACUCCCAGCAUGAGCCUCAUCUCUACGAUUACUCGGAGGAUGUUGACGAGGAUUUAAUGUGUCAAAUCUGCCUCCAGCCAUUUGUUAAUCCUACAGAUACACCCUGUAGUCAUACUUUCUGUCAGGCGUGUAUGACAGCGUAUCUUCGAGUGAACUGUACCUGUCCCAUCUGUAGGAAACCUUUAAACCAGUUGACCUGCUCCCCUUCAAACCUUGUGUUAAAGAGAUUGCUGGAUAAGCUGCCUGUAGUUUGCCCGAACUCAGAUUCCUGCAGUGAAACAAACCAACGAGGAAACCUGGAGGAUCAUCUUAAAUAUAGAUGUGAGGGUACCCUGGUGGCAUGCCAGUAUGCUGGUGCAGGAUGUGAACAUCGAGGUCCAGCAAAGAAAAUGAAAGAUCAUCAGACAGAUUGUCAGUUUAAAAAAGAAGGGAUUACCCGGCUGCCUAUCCUUGAAGGAGAAGUAUCUCACGUUGAGAUCCCUAGAACCAGUUCCUGUCUAGGGAUUACUAUCGUCGGCGGUAGCGAUACUCCUCUCAGAUGUGUUGUUGUACAGGAAGUGUUCCCUGAUGGCCUUAUUUCCGGUGAUGGUCGUCUACAACCCGGAGACCAGCUGAUAGAGAUUAAUGGUGUUGAUAUGACAUGUGCUUCACAUGCUCAGGUAUGUGCUGCUCUGAAGAAGAUGAGCAGUGUGCUGCGGUUAGGAGUGUACAGAGAGAGAAUAGAAAAGUACGGGAUCUACAAUUCAGGCUCGAAAUCCGGAUCCGGAUCCGGAUCCGGAACCCGGGGUAGUGUGGGAGGGGGAGGAACCCAGUCGGAACAGAUCCUUACAGUUACGCUAGAACGACAACCGGGACUUCAUCUUGGCAUUCGGAUAAGUGGAAGCUGCCCUGCUCCUGGCAUAUAUAUAGUAGAGAUACUCCCAGAAUCAAUUACAGCCCUAGAUGCCCGGAUCAAACCAUUUGAUCGUCUUCUCUCGAUCAAUGGUACGGAUGUCCGGGAUUGUAAAAUAAACAAUGAGAAGGUUGUACUGGUGGUGGCUCGGAAAAAAACUCAAAAGCCUGCAAUUGAUGAACCGGAUGGUGUAGCAGCAGAGGUGGGUGAAAACGGAUCCGGGCACGAAAGUUCUCAAUCCGGAUAUCCGGGUCCACAAUCUCAUCCGGGUGUUCAGCUCUCUCAUACUAGAUCUAAAUCCGCCCCAGUUCCAUACUCGAAGGGUGAGUCAGAUACAGAUACUGGCAGUGAAUUCAGACAAAGCUUUACAGAUGAUGGAGAUGAGGAUGAGUAUGAUGGUGGGGAAGGAAGAGGAGGAGGGAGGGAUCUCCUCACCUCCUCCGAUGAUAUGCUAGCUGAGCCCUUUUACGAUGUUCCGGAGGGGGAGGACUAUUUGGCGAUAUACGAGACCAUUGAUAGAAAACGUUUAGAGGCUCGAGAAUUCAAGAAUAAGAGUGCAAGUAUGGAGGAACUGGAAACCCCAACAUCGUCUCUUAAAUCCUUCAAUAUCAAUCCUAAUCUAGAGACAGCGGGAGCUAAAGCUGAACCACAGGUUCGGGAUAAGCGGAGACACCGAACCAAAUCAGGGUCUAGAACUGAGCACCGGAGAAGUAUGCACGGUUCAAAUCCUCCUGCUCUGUACGGACCUGGAGCUCCUCAGAUCUCUGAACCCCUCGGAGGAGAUACUUCUAGAGAUCCUCUUCCCUUACCCAGAGAUUCAAUUCAUAUCAGAGAUUCUUCCAGAGAUAUUCCGAUUAAUAUUAGGGACCCUGGGCUCCCUAGGGACCUUCCUCCAGUUCCUAGAGAACCUAAGGAGCAGGACUCCAAUGGUGAAAGUAUGGCACAAUUUCUAAAGAAAGCGCUGCGGAUAGAAGGAGCACAGUUGACCCAGAAAACCAUAACUAUCAGGAAAAAUAACCGUGAGUCCCUCGGUAUGAGGAUUGGAGGCGGGAUAGGAAGUAACGAGGGGGACACGCCCAUUUACAUUGCAAACAUACAUCCUCACGGCUGUAUAGGCAAAUCAAAACAAUUAAAGAAAGGAGAUCUAUUGCUUCGUGUCAAUGAUUCUAGUUUGGAUGGGUUGACCCAUGCUCAGGCUGUAGCAACUCUGAAGGCAACUAUCAGUAUGAACAGUGUAGUCCUGGUUGCCAUGGAUGGACCGGAAACUAGUUUUGGAGCUUCCAACUUUAUCCCAAGCUGGAUGUAUUGGCAACGUUUACCAAGAUCUCUUCAGUAUCCUAAAACUGUGAUUCUCCACAGGCGUGACGGUACGAGCUGGGGUUUCAGUAUUGUAGGCGGGGCAGACCCGGGCGCGGACCGGACAGAACCGGUUCAUGUACUCUUUGUUGUACCAUACAGUCCGGCAGCCAAGGAUGGAAAACUGAAAUGCGGAGACAGAUUAUUGACAGUUGAUGGUCACAGUUUAGAAACAGUCACUCACUCCACAGCUGUCACAAUGCUUAAACAGACGAGUACUAGGGUUGUGAUGGAGGUUGUGAGCUGGAUGGGAACAGAGCUAUAGAAAUUUACUAGUCCUGUACAAAUCACAUGAACAGGAGGACUCAAGUACAUAUCAUAUAUAGUCUGUACCAUGUACUUUGCUGUUAGAAACGUGCCAAAAGGCUAUUGCUAAAGAUCCUUAACCUGUGAAUUUAUUAAUUGAUCUGUUAUCAAUUUUAUUUAAGAAAGAAAUUAACCCUGUGAUACGUUUACACUCGCUUUGACAUAUCUGCUCUAUACUUAUCCUUCAUAUCCAUCCUAUCUUCCCCGACCUAUCUUCAUAUCCAUCCUAUCUUCAUAUCCAUCCUAUCUUCAUAUCCAUCCUAUCUUCCCGGUCCUAUCUUCAUAUCCAUCCUAUCUUCAUAUCCAUCCUAUCUUCCCCGUCCUAUCUUCAUAUCCAUCCUAUCUUCAUAUCCAUCCUAUCUUUCCCGUCCUAUCUUCACAUCCAACCUAUCUUCAUAGCCAUCCUAUCUUCAUAUCAAUCCUAUCUUCAUAUCCAUCCUAUCUUCAUAUCCAUCCUAUCUUCAUAUCAAUCCUAUCUUCAUAUCCAUCCUAUCUUCAUAUCCAUCCUAUCUUCAUAUCCAUCCUAUCUUCAUAUCCAUCCUAUCUUCAUAUCCAUCCUAUCUUCCCCGACCUAUCUUUAAAUCCAUCCUAUCUUCCCCGUCAUAUUUUCACAUCCAUCCUAUCUUCCCCGACCUAUUUUCAUAUCCAUCCUAUCUUCCCCGACCUAUUUCCAUAUCUUCCCAUUAUUCCCUUCAUAUUCAUCCUAUCCUUGUUCUUAUUCUUUUCACCCUCCCUGUCCUUUUUAUCAACUCUUUGUCUUCCUUAGAUUACAGCUAUUAUAUCUUUAUUUUCUUGAAGACAAAUAAAAGUAUAUAUUCAAAUUUGGGGUCACGAUAUUGUUUGUUUUGAUUCUAAAUUAUUUGAAGUUCUUUAAUGUACGCAGUUUGAUUAUAUCUAUAAAGUAUAGUUUAAACACUUUA